CGAAGGAGGAGAAAGUUUUGCUUACAAGAGGAUGUGACGAUGUUACAACGCAACAUAAUACAUACACCUCUGGAUGAUGAUAAUUUCGAAGCUGCAAGCGUUCAAGAUUUGCCUUUUGAAAGAAGGUCAAGUGGUUAGCCAUCAGCCUUCAUGCAUUAGGAGUAGUCUAGAGAGACUCAACAGCCUGCCAGUAAAAGACAGGUGCCCGGGCGUUUCAAGAUGUGCUGACGACAGAAACGUUUAGACGCUUUCCUUGAAGAAAGGCGAAUGGCCUGUUGAGGAAUUCGCCUGUUUAAGGUAAGAAAUAUAAAUGCCAUCUUAAGUUAUCAAAUUAAUUUUGGUAUGCGUUUAUUUUGCAGUUUGGAAAGUUUUGUGUUGUAGUCGUCACGCCCAACUGAGUUUUCUAAAGACAGCAUUCGUGACAGAACAACCUUGUUCCCAAGGCUUUUUCCUUUAAAUAAGAGAAAAAGCCCUGCGAACGAGGUUGUUGUAGAAGUGUAAGUAUGAAAAAGACUGAUAUGUGGAGGAAUUUGUUUGCAAUGCGAUUAAAACCCAUUCAAGGUUUACCAAAAAGAGGAACUGAAGACAACAGCAUACAUUUCGUUGGGAUUCAAACCCAGGAUCUUUUCUGCGCUGAAAUGUAUUUGCAAAACUUAUUUAACCGUGUAGUGUGAAGUAAAUUACAAGGAUGGUCCACUCAUACUAAAACUUGUGAUUUGCGAAGAAUGCCCUUACAAAAGGCUGUAGGUCGGUGGAAUUUUCUUCUGCAAAAGAAAUUUCCUAUUUACGUAAGAAAAGAAAGAUUGUUUGAGAGUAUUGGAAACAUGGGAUUCAAACCCAUUUAUUAUCUUUGAUUAAAUCGUACUUUUCUUAAAAACGUUCCUCUUAGACGCCACAAAAGGCUCAAGAGAGAUUGAUGUCAACUGCUAGUCAUAUCUCUUUCUCCAAAUCAUUAUAUCAGUCCGUGAAUGAUAGAGUUUGAAGAACAUUUCCUUUGCGCGUAGUCGUAAAGAGAAUCGAUAUGUAAAUGACAACUACAAAUCUGUCGUUUUCGCACUAAUUUCCGAUAGAAUUUUUGUCAUUUUUUUCGUACAGGAAAAGUAUUAGGAGGUCUCAGCUACAAACUCGAAACGACUAAAGGGAAUCAGAACUUGUUACCUUUCUUUUAGGUUCGAAAGCAGAAAACAGAACUUGUACUUAUCCUCCUUUCUAAAAUACCAGAAUCUUUUCAAGCUUUGAAAGACUUUCCACAGUUUACAGUUUCUCAGUACUUUCUGUUCCCUAGAUGAGAACUUUCAGUGGUAUUCAUUGUGUCUUUACCCUCGCCAUGUCAUACUUUGGAAGGUGCACGCUUAAAUUUCUCUCUAACGGCCCCUCUAGUCCCCAGGAGUUUCUUAUAAACCAUUGAUUUUGGUUUGAGCGAUUUAAGGUCAUCACCUUUUUCCUAGUCUACAGAAUUACUGGAAACAUAUCGUUGCAUUUUACUCUCGCCUCCGUCUCUCAGGACGAAGGAACAAGAGGUUUUAAUGAUAAUCAGUCUCAGAGCCUUUUCUCUAGACUCCUAAGACGAACCGGCCACAAAAGGCGAGCAAGGAGCACGAAAUACAGAGGCCCAUCGCAAACUCAUUGCUUCGAAGAACUUUGUCAACCUUUCCUCAAAAGUAAGGCAAGGGCGCACACUAGCUAA